UCUUAGGCGGUGGUGUAGGCGCGCUUCUCUUUUCGGUCCCCGGUUACCAUUUUCCUUCGCAGUCUCACGUGAUCUCCCGGUUAUCAGUUCCGGACCCGGAGCCCUGACAGCGGAAUUAAAAUUACACCGGAUCAAGGAGGGAAGGUGACGUCAUAUCCGGAAGCAACAGCCGGGGCCGAGGCGACCAAUCAGAGCGCACUGGCGGUUUAAAUGCCCUAAACUUCAAGUCUGAGGGGCAACAACCAGGACCCGGGGUAACUAGAGGCCGAUUUCCCCCACCAGGACCCGGGAUCUAGGGCAACAAGCAGCGGAUCCCACCGGGGCAGCAAGAGCCACAAUCCAGGAGGAGCGGAGACGAUGGGCGCACAGGAGACGGAUUGGGUGACCAUCGCCAACAAUUUGCGGAGCCGAUGUCAUGUGACCCUGCCGCUCAGCGACCUGACACACUGUGACGCUCGAUUCUUCGUCUCCAUAUACGAGGCCAUUCUAGGAGAAAAAGUGCCAGAUUUCAUCACCGAUUCUCAAACCCCUGAAGACGACGCCCACAACGUGCAAUCGGUGAUCGACUCGCUGGCCCUGGACUAUCUGCAGGUCAGCCUGUCCCAUAUAACAGGAGAGAACGUCGUCCGAGGAGACACAGAGUCCAUCCGCAACCUCCUGGAGAUAUUCGAUGGGUUACUGGAGUAUCUGACCGAGCAGAUCAGCGAAGCCUCAUCCCAGAACGGAGAUUUGGAGUGUAAGGAUCGGAGGGGGUCACAUGAUGUCCCCCCUUCCCUGAAGCCACCACCCUCUAUAGGGUCUCUCUCCUCUGAUCUCCAUCCUCCCUCCUGGGUAGUUGAGGGUUCGGAGUCCACGGCAGAGCUGAUCCGUCUGGGGGACACGGCGCACACGUUCGCACUGAGAGGUCUGGAUGUGGAGCGGACCCCCCAGCCUAUGAUGCAGCCGCGCACUCCCACAGGUGAAGGACACUUCCUUAUGAAUGGAUCCCCGUCUCGUGAGCGGGAUAACAUUUACGAAGAUGAGGUUCUGGCCGCCAUACCGCUAAACCCCCCAUAUCAGCCCACGAUGAGCCUGCUGCACGGUGUGAACAGGGACGUUCAGGUGUCACUUGGCAGCUCCGGUUCUUCCCUCAGGAGUCCAGUGAAAAGCAAAGCUCUUCCUGAUGGGGGAGAGGUGCUUGCGGGGCCCAGGGCCACUAAUGGAGACGUCGCCCAUGAGGUUUGUCCGGUAGAGAGACCCCUGAAGUCCGCAGAGCGGAAGGGCCCUAAAGAGGGGUCCCAGGAGGUUCAUCUGGGACAGAAGAGAGUUGCGUUCUGCACACAGCCGGAUAUCAGGCUGAUGACUCUGCAGAGCUCACUGCGCGACUGGAACGAUGGAGCAGAGACGAGUGCGCAGAGAGAAGACACAGAGGAGACAUUACUGACUACGCUGGAGCCCCUGUCGCUGGUGGAGGAGCCGCUGUCGGUGCAGAGAGCCCGGAAUCGCCUGUCUGAGCUGGAGCUGCAGGAGAUGUCCGAGAAGUUAUCACGGCGUCUGGAUGAGCUGGACCGGAUGCUGAAGGCAGCUCUGGGGGGUCCGAUGCGGAGCAGUGAUCAGGAGGACAAGCUCUCCCAGCACAGCGACAGCAUCAUGGAGAUCCGCAGGAAGAAGCGGCUGCACGCCACCGGACGCACACGACCUCCCACCGCCAGACCGCGAUCACUCUCCUCCUCACCGCCUCCGCCCCGAUCCCUCUCUGCGCAGUUUGAGGAUGCGCUUAACAAGGAGGCCAGAGGGGAGAUGGGGAAGAUCCGCCGGAACGUGCAGAAGGAGCUGGAAGUGGAGCGGCUGAAGGCUCAGCUGCUGCGGAACGCCUACGCCCAAGAAUUAAAGGACUUUGAGGAAACGGAGAGACAGAAGUUGGUGAAACUGAAGGAGGGUUUACGGGAGGAGGAACAGGAAUAUAAAGAAAAUAUCUUCAAGGAGCCGCCGAAGAAAUCUCAUCCAGAGAAGGUGUACGCUGGAAAACGGGCGCCCUCCAAGCCAAAACAUUGGGCACCAAACCUCCACAAGUCGGAAAACCGAAUGAAGAUUAAGGAGAACGAUUUGUUGCCGCUUCUCCUGGAAGAAUUUCCGCAUCUACAGAUCUCGCAGCAAACGCUGAACGCCAUGUGGAGGGGGCAGAUGGCGCAGGUGGAGCAACUCGCCAGGUCUGGGCAGGACACAGAGAGGAGUGAGCGCCACCUACAGAAUGAGGUGGAAGAAGCCCGUAAGAAGCACAACCUCCUCGUAUCGCUGAUCCAGAAGGAGCAGGAGCACAAUCAGCGGCUGAAAGAUUUCAAAGAUCGGAUCCGUCUUCAGAAGUCGGCGCAGAACCGAAUGCGGGAGAACCGGUCACAAGCCGCGCGGGCGAAGAAAUACUACGACGACUACCACGUGCAGCUCCGCGCCAAACUCAUGAGGGCGAGAACCAGAGAGGAGAAG